CUUGCGCCGAGUGAACUCCCGGCCUGUAAAGAAACUGCAAGGGAUCAUCCGGCGCAGCAUAAAAUGGCGGAGAGCACGUGACGGUGGCUGAGUAGCUGCUGCUAUGGAGAUGUCUGACCCCCUUCCCCAAGAGGGAGAGACAGAUGUGGAGGAACAACUAGUCAUGGUGGAAUUGUCAGGCAUAAUUGAUUCAGAUUUUCUGGAUAAAUGUGAAAACAGAUGCAAGAUUUUGGGAAUAGAUACAGAGAGGCCAAUUUUGCAGGUAGACAGAUAUGUGUUUGCUGGGGAAUAUGAAGAUACUCUUGGUACCUGUGUGGUGUUUGAAGAAAACAAAGAUCAUGUAGAUGCAGAAGGAAACCAAAAAUUAGAGCUAAAAUACAAGUACCACACAAUGAAGAAACUGAAUAUGACACGGACGCUUCUGAGUGAGAAAAAGGAAGGAGAAGAAAACACAGGUGGUGGAGUUGAAUGGCUAGAGCUUAAGGACAAAGAUUUCUCUUAUAGCAGACCAAACAUGAUUUGCAAUUUUUUGUAUGAAAAAGAAGAGGAGAUUGCUGAGUCUCAAGACAAAGUGGCCGAAGAAUCUGAGGGAGAAGCCAGUGACAAAGGAAACUUUGAUGAGAACUUUGAACCUGAGAUGCAGCCUAGCGUUGAAAUUGAUGACUCUGCCCAGAGCUUGGAUAACACUAGCCCUGAAGCAGUGGGCUCUCCUUCAAUUAAUACUCAGGAUAUUGCCUUGGAUGAUUCUCCAUGUUGAUGUGAAAUCCAUAAUUUAGAAAUGACCACUAAUAGAGCUAAUUAAAUACAGUGUAAGUUUGA